CCAGAGCAAGCUCCUGUUUGUUGUUAUCCUGCGGUAUCUACUGGAACUAGUUAAUCCACAUUUGGACCUAGCAGUAGAAGACAAUUUCCAUGGCAGACAAGACGCCACAAUCCCCACCACCACCACCACCACCAGCAAAGAGAAGGAAAACUCUUUUUCAGAGAGUAAUUGAUAAUAAAAACGCUGAAAGAGAAAAACUGAAAUCAAGAAUAAUCCUAGGCGCUGCUUUUGAACGUUGGCGGCAACUGAAGGACAGAAGGGUCUAAACCGAUGCUUGUGUGGCGGUUGACCUAGUUUCAAAGUUUAUACCGUUUAUACUCGGUAAUACCGGUGUUGAGACGAGUGUAGGCUAUUACUCGGUGUGAAAAUGUCCACACCGCGGCAACCCUAGUGAAAACCAGGACUUCCAAUACAAUUAUAUGAAACAAACAUACAUUUUCUAAAAAUAGUAUUGAUUUAUGUGACCGUUUAAUGUUUAUAACAUCUGGUGCAACCAUAGCCGCGAGAACGUAUUCUCAGCAGGGGGUGCUGGAAAAAAAAACCCGGCCUGCACUAGACUCGCAACUCGUCACAUUGAUAAAAAAGAUAUAUAGCAGCGCAGCUCAAUUACACCAGUGCAUGCGCGCACAGUUGAAAAUCGAUCGUUGUGUUCACUUCCUUCACACCAUGGUUCACAUCCAGCUGCUCACAGAACAAGUUUAGCGCACCACCGCUACCCUCACACUUUUUCAUAUAACCUUUUUUCAGCACUAGGACAUAUGAGCAUUAAAUAAAUGCUGCGUCUCAACAUGCCUUGGACAGCAGCGAGGAUGACUCGCUUUGCCACGGGCCGAAACAGUUCGGAGCGACCACAGCCAGAGCGAACACAGCGGGGCAGAGGAGUGUCAGGAAGUCUUUGGUGUACACAUCAGUACGGCCUAUUUGCACUACUGUUUAGUGGCAAUGCAGUGUUUUAUUCUAUGCCUUUUUAUUUUCGUAUAUUAUUUCAAUUAAUACAAUUUAUUUAUUCAUGAAAUCAAGAUCUGGGCUUCAAAUCUUUUUUCCAAAUAUAGGUCGUAUUACAAUGGGGUUUGUGUUUAUAUUCGGACCAAUACGGUACAGCGGAUGCUCACAUGACGUUAAAGCCUAUGGUGCAGGUUAACCGGAAGUUUCGAUUAAUGGGUACAUAAAGCACUCAAAAUAUGUACCGCAUUCAUGAAAUGUCUCCAAAAUUGCGUUAAAGUCCAGUUUUUGUCGUUUUUUGUGGUAACGGGUGUUUUCUAACGUCGUUCGGUGGUGACGUCACGGUAGGGAGUCGUGGUGGAAGGUAGCCUCAGCCUAGUACUAGAACUAUGGCGUCUAACUGGGAUGAGGAAGAGGUGGCAAGAACCACAAAUUACAUUUAUGAUGGCCCACAGCCGUAUAAUUUCGAGCCUGUUAGACGUGAGGGGGCGAAUGAGGAAUUGCCGAGGAUUGAUGGCCGUCAAAGCCAAUUAAAUUCAUGGUCAGAGGAGAAUGGGUGGAGAGUUGGUGAGGUGUCCUGGUGAGUUGCUAUCAUUUAGCAAUGCAGCAACGAGCGCUUGAGCUAUCCCCCCUCCCCGGAUAAACCCUACGAUUAGUUAUCCCACGUUUUGAUGGUUGCCUAAUAGCUCCAGUACCUACCGGUACAUAUUUUGCCUAGUCUUUAUUUCUAAGCUUUUACAUAUUCCUCCGGUGAAAGUGUUGUUGCAAACGUACCCGGUAGCCGCCGGACACGUAGGCUGGUCAUGAAUUCAGCGGUGAUUAUUUUCGAUUCUACUCCUCGUGAUUGAUUGUCAUUGACACCGUCAGGGUAGCGCUUACCGUGAGAGGGAGAGUAGUAAGCGUGUCUGUGUCGCUGUGUUUGGCAGGUGUUUGUGUGGGCGGUGCCGUCCUAUGGAAUCGGUGGUGGAGAGCUUGUGCUGUCGGGAAGUGAGUGCGUUUUGGUCGCUGGUCGAGAAGCUCAGCCCAAGACCAGCAGAUGUGACAUGCCUCACUCAGCAUCCAGGAUUUGAUGCAUGCUGCCUGAAUCCGUUUGUGCUUAAGAUAGCGUACACACAUUUCAAGCAGGAUCAUGGUCCCCUUCAAGCCAGCACGCACGAGUAUGUUAAUUGUUUGUUACUUUAGCAUUCUUUUUAUAGAGUCCUAUGAACCAACUUAAACAGUUAUAGGCGACUAGAGAUGUGUUGCAUAGACAAUAAACAUGCAUGCAAUUUUUUUAUUUUCCAACCUAUUUCCCUAGGCAAUACCGGUACACUGCAUACAGGCAGGCUAUACGAUGGGCUUAUGGAGUUCUUGGCCUGCAUAUAAGGAAGCCUCUACCCUCCUGUCUGGUUUCAGCCAUCAGGCAACAAUUUCAGAGUGGUGACCAGACCCAUCAUGGCUUUCAAUGGCCUCGUUUGGAUGAAGAAUAAAAACCAUAUUGGCACGUACAACAUGAAUACAAUUAUUUUUCAGUUCAAGAAUUAACUCAUGCUAGUUGUGUUGCGAUCGCUCAACCGCCUUUAAAAUGUUAUAAAAUACACAGAACAUGUGAAUUCAUAUAAAAACAGUUUAUUAGGUCAUCCCAAGUAAUGGGGAUCGAUUACUGAAAAAAGGGACAGGUUGAAAGGCCUGAUAAAGUAAACAAAUCAAGAAAAAAAGGGUUAGGCACAAAGAAACCAACAUAAAAUAAUCUUGCAAUAGUGUGGUCUUACCUGAGGGUCAGCACUCACACAGCACAUUCUCUCACUCACUCACGGACACAUACAUGCAAUGAUGUCACAUAGAGCAGACGCAUAGUGAUCCAAGAGAAAAGCGCACACAGAGGUCCCUUUCGGAUUCUUACCAUUUUUUUUAUGAAUUAUGGGGCAAAUGGAGCUGUAAUGGAAUGAUUUGUGCACACAACUAAGUAAAAAACCCAAGCAAUAAAAACAAAACAUGCGACAUGCAGUGAGGCGGUAACCAUGGUGAUGCUGAUAAAGGAAUGAAUGGGUUACAGCCAAAAAUAACCAAGAGAUAAUGUUAGUCGACAGAUGUUAGGGUCAGCGCAAGGGGUUAAAAUGUAAGGUUAUAAUAAACUUCCUGGAACAAUCAAAAAACCCAAGCAAUAAACAGCACACAAAGAGAAAACAAAACAUGCGGCAUACAGAAAACCACCACCAGACAAAAUAACAUAUACUUACUAUAUACAUAUAUACAUACUCACAACUAAAUGAUUGGCCUGUGUGGGAAAAAAACUAUGCUAAUUCAAUUUUUUGUAGCGUGACUGCUGGGCUAGAUAGAGGCUGACGGCCUCCUCCUUGGGAAUUUGUUCGAAGGAUUUGGCGAUGGGGGCGGGUGCACAGGCUGACAAAUUGGCGCUAACCUCUUGAAGAGCCUUGGGUGAAUCCAUGUAGCUCUCCCGAAGAGCCUCGAUUAAUGACGUUGCAUAACCUGCAGACAUAAUAAUGAUCAAAUACUGUAUAAAGAUCGAUGUCACAGAUGUCUUGUGCGCAAAUGUCAAAAUAUGAUAGAACUGCAUGACACUGCCUACCGUAUGAGGCCUUCUCUUUGAUGGGCACAACUACCCAGGCACCUUUUCUGAAACGUGGAUAUCGCACGCUAUACCUCUCCAAACCAUCGCUUCUUCGUGCGGUCUCUCUGUUCGCAUUACAGUUGUAAUGCAGCGCCGCUAAGAGAAGCCUACAGAAUAACACAUUUGAGAACACUUUCGAAACCUGGUGUAUGUAUGAUCAAAUACGGCAUUGUUAUUCCAUUGGACAGCACUGACCUGCUAUACAUGCCCUGGUAUGAAAACCCAGUGUGCUUGGGUGCGAAGUGCAGGAUCAGGGAGUGGAAGGCUUCAAGGGAGUAAGUCUGGUGCUGCGGAGACAGCUGUCGAACAUCCUUCAGUAAGGAUGUCCUUGUGAUGAUACCCUCCAGUUUUACUGCUGCCAUUGAGCCUGCAAGAGACCAAGAUAGGUAGGCACACACACAGCAGACAUACAAAUAGACAGAUAUUUUUUCUCCAGUGGAAACACAUGAAAUUGUCCUGCAUAUGAAUUAUAGCAAACAUAUUUACAGUAAACAGAAUGUUAUGAGAUCCCCAGAGUAUGAAAUAAUGAUUUAAAUGGAAACCCUGUAGAGCAGCCGUUCUCAAUCUGUGGUACGCGUACCACUGGUGGUACGCGAGCGCCCUCUAGUGGUACGCGGAGUAUGAACGAUUUUUUGAAGUUGAAGCAACCGUUUCUGAUAUCUGGGGAAUCGAUAACUCGAGUAGGCCUACUACUCGUUACAAAUGAACUCGGUUGGUGGACAGGCAAACUCGAGUUUGCAUACACACAAACAAACAAAGUUUUCUGAAGCAAAUGUAUACAUUUUCUGUGCGGCGCCACUAACGCAUGCCGUGGGCACAAAGCAAAUUAAAUGUAUCCAUUUCUGUGUGGCGCGUGCCGUGUGCAGGCACGCCAGAAUUCAAAAAGUUAAGAGAUGGCGGUUAAAGCAAAGCGCAGCGAAGAAUUGAAAUAGGCCUACUUUAAAGAAAUAGGAGAUCAUAAGGUGAAAUGUAAAAUAUGCCAAGCGAAAUCGAGCUACCAGAGUAGCUACUACAAGUAGGCUACUAGGCGGCAAGAUAUGCUCCUGAAACACAACGGUGAGUUCGGGAAAGCAGACCCGCAGCAACCAAGUGUGUCGGCUAUUUUAACCGCCGCAAGACGCAGCCGUAAUCCCGGCCGUGUAGAGAAGAUCACAACGCGUAAUCCAUAGUCCAUUUGCUGCCGUUUUAUUUGCAGCUUUAAAUUAUUUGCAAUGGUUAGGCUAGUUGUUUCGUUUUAGUUUUACGUUUAGUAGGAGAAAAGGGGACAGAGUUGCCUGCGGAAGCGAUGUCUGAGAUGCAGAGACUGCUUCACGCUACCAGUGUCAGUUUCGUACGGUGUGGAAUGAGAGCUCGGGAAGGCAAGGCACUAUUGCGCAAGUACGCCUGCGUGCUUGCGCAAUAGCAUACUGCCCGAGAAUGCAGUAUCGCUGUCAAAUCUGUCCCUGGGAAAAGUAACGUUGCUUGCGCCGAAUUGAAAAGGAAACCGCUAUAAUGAAACAGCGGUAAUAUUUCCACAUUAAUUGAUAAAAUAACAGGGGAUGGGAAGGGGGGAUGGCUGUUUCAGAAGGGGGAUGAUUUUGAUCAUUUUAAUUCCAAAGGGGGAUGCCAUCCCCCCUCAACUUGCGUGCUGGAAGCAGGUUGGAUACUGAACCAAGUCUGAGGCUAAAGCUAACCUCAAUCGACCCAGACAUCACACCCCUCCCACUAAGCAUGAUAGGCCUAAUUUUCAAUGUGUGCCUGAGUACAUUCUCCUUCAAACCUAAACAUAGUUUAUAUUCUGACCUUAUGGCACUUACUGCAGUAUUUUUUAAUACUGAAUACGUUGUUUUUCUAUGAUACACUUGUUCUUACUCAUGAUAGUUUGAUUACAGUGUUAUCGCAGUACACAUGAUUUCUCUCUUUGCUGCGCAUGAUUACUUAUAACAGGAUUGUUUGACUCCAGUAUUUAAAUAUUCAUGUUCAAUUCUUUGAAUGUUUUGAUGCAGUACAAUUUACCUCACAUGAUUGGUUGACUGCAGUUGUUAAAAUUUAUAUUCAGUGCUCUGAAUGCUUUAAUGCAGUAUACUUGUUAAUAACCUCACUAGAUUGACUGGUAUGUUAUAUGCCAGAUGAUAUCCCCAUUUGCUGGGUAGCCCUAUUGAGGCAGUUGUUCAAUUGUUAGUAUUAUCCCGUUGCAAGUGUUUAAAUACAAUACAUGAGUUAUAGACAGUUGGUUGCUUCAGUCAAGUCAAGUUAUGUGAAUAAUAAAUCGUGUUAUUAAUAUUAAUGCCUUCUGUGUAAACUCUAUGUAGUUAUAGGCCUACGCACUUUAUUUUAAUUCCGGUGGUACUUGGAGAGCCAAAUCAUUUCUAAGGUGGUACUCAUGGUAAAAAGUUUGAGAACCACUGCUGUAGAGCAUUCAUAAUGCCACAUACUGUGUACUGUACCUGGUUCCAGCCACUCUUUAUCUCGUUGAUCCCCCUCCAGAGGGGCAUGAGCGCAACUGGAGAAGGCAGGGGUGUCAUGGUCGUGGAUGUCCUGAAUGUGAUUCACCAAGCUUCACCAUUUGGCCUCCAUCACAGCUGGAUUGCCAUCAGGGGUUGAGGCUGCAGUCCAGUACAGGUGGUUUACUGUGGCUGGCCUCCACAACUGUAGUUGUUCACACUGUCUGUCUUUUGAGGCUGUAUCCAAGGCCUUCCCCAGACCUGGUUUAGAACAAAUGGUAUUAAUCGAAAUGCAAUAACAAAAACUGCUUAAACGUUCCAAUAAUGGAUACAUACUUUUCCCAAUGUGCCAGACAUCAAAAUAAUGCUGUGUCCCUUCAGGGCACAGCUCUUCUCUCACCCAUUUGGCAACCUAAGGAGUAAAGAGCAAACUUUUGUGGAUGCUUGCACUGUCUGGCCCUCAGUGCAUCAGCAAAGCACAAACGUCCAGCCUCAGUGAAAUUCAUAAAUCUACAUUAUUUUUCUUUUUGUAAAUACCUGGCGAUGUCUGUCUGUGAUGAGGGUUGACAAAUGCAGGUCGUUCCGCCUCAGCAAGCCGAUGCUGCGCUUGAGCCCCUCCAUCUCACACCAAGAGCUGUUGGGGACCUCUGAGCUCUGCAACAUAAUAUAAGUGUAAGUGUAGCCCUAUGCAUGGUUGUACACGUGGAAAAGUGCUAUAUUAAGAUGCAGUCCAUUUAACAAAUUGCAGAGAGUGAAUUUCUUUCUGUCUAAUAACAUCAGGCUUACCUGAACAAGCUGAACAUCAACUACCUUGUUUACUCUGUCCUCUAUCAAUGUGUAGGAGCCGUACUUUGCACAGUGCCCUGGAUAAUCUGACCUGGGGAUAAUUAGAAAUUAAAAUUAUGUUUCAAGUUUUUAAUAACCAGUGUCUGUAAAGACAAUCCACCAUGACAUCUGCAAAUGUAAACUAAAGCCGCCCUGCAUGAUAACAAAUAAAAAAAAAAUGUGCAACUGGUCUAUGAGCUCUCGCACAAACAAAGUGUGGAGAACAGUAUUAGGAUACAAAAUUAACAAUGACAUGAGAUUAUUAAAGUUCAUACCCCUUAGUGGCAGCUAGCAUAGAAUCAACAAAUUCUGCUUUACCUGCAGUCACCAGCAACUACUAGGCCUCCAUCCAUUGCCUUGAGGUCACUAAAAUUCUUGGCCUGCUCGUUCUGCCAGGCCUGAAUGAUGACGGGGAUGGUGUAACGGCGCUGAUGGCGAAAGAAAGUGCUUGCGCUGAUGCACUGAAGGCCAAACAGGGUCAUCAUCCGUAAUGUCUGGGUGGCCAAACAUCCAGAGAAAUGGAUGGCCCCGCUUAAAAGGAGGUUAGAGGUUGGCAUAUUCCUGUUUAGGAUCGGCUGGUUUUGCCAGAAACGCUGGUAGCCACAUGCACAGACCUAGAUAUUUAGAAAAAAAAAAACAUGGCAAUCAGUGUAUAACACUCAAAUAUGAUGGCAUCAUAAACCCACAGACUAAAGCAAGCCUGGUACAUACAUUGUAAAUUAACUGGAAAGACUAAUUUGAAAAAGAAGCAACGUCAGCACCAACCAAGCUAGCCAUUAUAAAUCCACAAGAUAUUAGACUGUUAUAGCAACUAAUGUGGAUAGGAGGAUGCACUGAUCACUUGCAAUGAGCAAUGUGGGCAGACAGUCAGGGCUAUUCGAUUUUAGUAAGAUAUUCUGAUUUUCGAAUCAGAUAUGGCCUGCAGUGUAAACAAAACCCUACCUGCUCUAUUUUAACAAAUGUUCCUUCCUGCUGCACGAUUCUACUAUCUGACUUCUCACAACAGGCCGGACAGAUGGCAAACAGGGCCAUGAGCUCCUCUUGGCAAACAAUGAAUUUGUCAAUGCCACUACAACAAAAAAGAGGGGGGGGGGGUGUCAGUCAAACUACAGAUGCACGAAAAUGAAAAUUCAAAGUUGGUCUAUGUUGGCUUUAAAUUAUCUCACUUUUGGUGGGGGUCGCAAGUUUGAGAUGGCUCCUCACACAACACCUCCUCAUCCUCCUCAGACAUCUGGUCUCCUGGUACCCAUGAUGCAUCACUGAUGACAGAGAGAUCAUCUUCUCCAUCCGUUGGGUCAGGACUAGUGAGGGGGGUGAAAGUUUGUGUCCCCAUGCUGACCAUCUUGGGCUUCAGGUUCACUUGCACAGCUGUGGCAGUCAAUAAACAUACCCAAACAGAUGACAAUCAUGGCAAAUCUAAGCGGUUAUGUUUUGAUCUAGGUUAUGUAUUAAUUUUAGCAAUGUGUUUGGAAAUUUCCUGCAUGCAUAUAAUUUGGCAACGUAUGUUUUAGACAGCAUAUCAACCACUAAAAAAAUACCAAGAUUUACCGUGAGACCUUCCAAGGGGCUUCAAAAUACAUUGUGUCCCAGUGUCACAAGUGGAGUAGGGCAAGGGGUCCUCUACCGUAGCAGCAUUGACACCGUCCGUGGUCUCACACGGUGAGGCAUCUGUCAACAUGCGUAAAUAAAUUAGCGUCAGCGACACAGUCACGUCUAAAUACAUAUGAAAGAGGACCGUAAUAGUCACUUUCCAUCAGGAAAAUUGCAAUUAAAUCCAUCAACUAAAUAGAACACACACACUGUUGUGAAAGUCGCUUGAUGAGCGCCACUGAUCCAAACACUAGCCAUGGCGCUUUCUAGUUAGAUAUGACAAGCUUUUGGACAUUUACUUCAGGACAAUUUUGUUUUGGUUCAUAUUCAUGAAUCACGAAAUGUUCUUUUCUAAUGUCAGACUGAUCAUGAGUCAUGAAGGUAGUGGAGGCGGUGUCAAAGGGAAUACGGUAUGUAGUAUACACAGGGCUAGCUAACGCACAGCUUGUAAACAUUACCAUGAGGCUUACCAUAGCCAGCUCUCGCUUGCGGCUGGCGGCACUGAUCUUGGUGCCUCUCGGUCUCGGGGCAGGGCAGGCAGAGAGAUGCGUGUGCACAGAAGGCACGGCGUUCGGAAUAAGCUGUGCCAGCCUCUUUAACCCGAGAGAUACCAUCCUGAUAUCCCCUUGGUCGUAAUCUUCCUCCGUGAAAUGAGCGCUGCAGACCUUGGAGUUCUUAGUGACCGAGGGAAUAGAAAAAUCUGCCCGUCUAACGCGGACAAACUGUACCCACUGUCUGAGGGUUGCCUUGUCCUUCGGAAAGGCAUGGACCCUGUGUCCUGUUCUGCUAGAAUUAUUACACCCAGCACAAACACAGUUGUACACCAUUCUAAAGCUACACCUACCUACCCACCUACCUAACUCGCUAUGCUACACCUACCUACCCACCUACCUACCUAACUCGCUAUGCUAUGCUAUCUGUCUGCCUGUCUCCCUAUCUCUCGGUCUAUAUCUAUAUCGGUCUAUAUAUCUAUCUAUUCUGUCUAUCUCUAUCUAUCUAUAUGUCUGUCCAUCUAUCUAUCUAGGCUAUCUAUAUAUGUAUCUAUGUAUUUAUCUCUUACUUAUCUCUCUCGUACUCUGUACUAUCAAUGGGUCUCGAAGGGCUACGUCUGUCGUCUCCCUACCGUGACGUCAUGCAACGGUUUCCGGGAGAAAUGAGAUGCUAUCGCAAACCGCUCCAAUAUGACCCACUUUUUCGUAUUAAAUUCCGUUUUGUGAUACCCAACCACAUUAAAUACAAUAGGUAACCAUUAAAAUGUUUAUUACCAACAAGCAAAUGACGCAAAUCCGAAAAAAAUUAAACCUGCACCAUGGCCUUUAAGCAUUUCCUGGUGCAUAAUGUGACGCUUCAGAACCUAAAAUCCCGUUUCUCCCCGUUGAUACGACAACACAUAACCGGCGUUUUCAGAAAUCUCCACUUUGGUUUUUAGAAAUGAUCGUUUUCUGUGAUAAGACAGGGCCUCGGACAGGGGGUGUUGCAGCACCCCCAAAACCCCUACUUCCCGCGGUACUGGGUGCAAUUUACAGCUGAAUGUAGUGCCAUGUUGUUAAACGAAAACCUACGCUAGCCUGGCUCGCUCUCGCGCAUCUCUGUUCGCGCUCGUGCAUGAUUGCGCGUCCAGGUACUUGGAAUGGGUGGAGUCAGAGUCAGCGUUGAAGGGGAGGGGGUAGGACCAUUUGAGUUGUGUAUUUUCAAAAUCUGCUGGCGUUUCGCAAAUCGCGUACCCAACCUUUAAGUCAACACCACGAAGUAUGAUGAAGACAGCAAGAAUAGUGUAAACUUUAGCAGGCUACUUAGCCAACUUAACAGGCCGAUGGGGCUAUCGGCAUUGCUAAAAAAUGCCAUUGUGAGCCAGCUGUAGUCUCUGUAACUUGAUGUCACAUUUAUCCUGUCAUUCAGGAUCAUUCCCUCCAGUCCCCGUUGACCUCAUUCUUGUCAGAAUGUAUAGCAUUGUCGAAUUUUUGGGGGAAAGGACUGUUGGCAUAGUGGCCAGUAAUUGGAUUAUAAAAGAGGGAGAUGUAAGUACAUGCGAAAAACCUUUAUGUCAAUCAUUUCAAAAAUUCUAUGCAAGUUCUGCAAAACUAUUUUGUUUUCCAUUUCAGAAGACAUGCAGCUACUGGCCACUCCACAAGCCCACACAGAGGGCAAAGGACAAAGAUUUGCCCGAUCCUAAAACCUGGCUAAAAAGGCCAAUAAAAAUAUUUUCCUCAACAGAUGAUUGGGAUCAGGCCGUCAGGAGGAACAAGAGGGCGGAGACAAAGUCCUGUGUGGAGACAGGAAAUGAGGACACAGGGAGGCGCAUCAUAGUCAAACCCCAAAAAUUUAUUCACACCGGUGAAAAGAAAACAAAGAAACGAAAUGGGAAAAAGGCAGGACAAGGUCCCUAUUUCAGGACUUCCCUUCCUCCUCCACCCCAGAUAGAAUCCCCCAUUCCACGGCGUAGCGCACUACAAAUAUCUUCACCCCCUGUGACUGAUGACGAUUACUCCCCUCCUUCACCGGCAAGAGACGUUUUUACAGAAAAUGAUGAUGAUUCGAUUGCGUCUUCAUUUGAAACGCCAUUGCCUAUCUCUACUGGGGACGGUGACCGAAGAGAGAGAGAAACCAUACCAAUCUGGGCAAAGAAUAUCAACGCGACAUUGGAGGUUCUGCUCCGAAGGCUUGAGACUGUUGAGCAGAAUCAGAGGGAGGCUCUAUUAUUGCUACGGGCAAAUCGACAUGGGGACCCUGGGGAAGCUAGUGUCGAGUUACUGCAGGCGCAAACUCAGGCCGAACUACAGGAACUCGAGGAGCACCUUAAAAAUAGAGAUUUCACAAAAAAAAUGAUUUCCCAUCUGAGCCUAGUUGGGGGGUCCAAUCCUGGGGAGUGUGUGAGGAGGGUGUUGCGCUCUGUGGCCUCAAACUUUGUUUGGAGCAGCUACAGCCUUAGGGGAAAGAAGGGGAAGAUGCCACUGCUUGGCACAUCAGUGGGCAGUACCAUCAAACAGGCGAUCAUGAAAUGGAAGCCGGGGCUGGAAGAGAAGGAGGUGGAGCUUCUGAUGGCAGAGGUCUUGAAACAUGCCCCCUCAGCCCACUCCAAAAGUUUGAAGGUGAGUUUAAAAGAGAGAGGCAUAUGCAAUCGAUAUCCCUCCAGAUAAAUUAUUUGAACAUGCUGACUAUUAGGGAACAAUUAUCAUAUUUUUGUACACCACCACAAAAUGAUAUGCAGAUCCAUGUCCUACUCUUUAAGCUUGUUUACAAGACGUGGUUACAACUCUUCAAGCGAAACAAGGCUAACCUUUGAGGCGGCUCGACACCAACUCUGGGCGAAACACCUUUCUGCAACAAGCUAGAACUUGUUGCAGAGAAAACACAAUAGCACCACCGUUUCCAUACCAACACUGCUCGUUUUAACUAGUAGUUAGCCAGUGAUGAAGAGAAAGUUCUCUCACGGACACGUCGGACAGCGAAAUAUUUGAUUUAAUCUUAAGGCAUGAUCAUGGGAAAAGUACUGGCAGCAAAAGUUACCAAGAACACAUUCCAUGAAACAAUAGGUGAACAACAUUCUUAUAGGGAACGUUUCCAUUGUGGGUAGGGAGUGGGAGUGACCUAAGGCCAAGUUAAUUUGCAAUACAACGGGUGGUUAUUGGACAUGUCUGCAGGUUUGCAAGACAUGGUGGCUGUAAAUAGUUUACACAACAAAGAAGUCAGUCGAUUGGCCUGGUCACAAAACCAGACUUACUGGUUCCAGUGGGAACUUGAAUACGAAUUAACUUAACCUCUCUCAGUUUUAAGAGAGGAAGGGAUUUGUUUUAAGUUACAGGGAGAAUGUAUACAGUUUCUUCUAAUGUAAUAAUUAUAUAAACAAGGUUAAUAUAAUUUGUAUGUGAUUGUAUAUUUAUAGUUAUGAUUGAUAUUUCCACGACAGCCAGUCAACCAAUGAAGCUUAUAUAUAUAUAGAUAUAUAUAUAUAUAUCUAUAUAUAUAUAGAUAUAUAGAUAUACACACACAUCAGAAAGCUAUGCAUCGUUAGAGAAUAUUUUUUGUAUACUUACAUGCCUCCCGCAGAAGUUGCAGACUGCAGCUUGCUGAGCAGGUUCUCCAAUACACAAAACCACGUGAAUAGGGGAUGGCGGCCGGACACCUUAUAGAGCAGAUGUGACCUUGGGUACACUGCAGCUCUUCUGCUUCUUAAUUGAACCCACGGAGAGAGGUUGGGUUGAGCACUGGACUGGUUUAUUAGCUGCAACAUGGGACAACACACAACCAGUGUUCACACACAUAUAUAUAUAUUCAGCCAUAGUCCGUUCGAACACAACGUAAGCUUGGUUGCUUCUGAACUUUCAAACACAAACUUCAAAUGAUCGUAUAGUGGUAUUUACAACAAAAAACAUUAAGUGAUCGUAUAGUGGUAUUUACAAACUAAACAUUAAGUGAACAUACCUGCAACAUGGGACAACACACAACUAUAAAAGAGGAGGCCCGCAUUAGCGCGCACAUGUCACAUAAACCUCGUGCUCAAGAACUCCUCAAACAUCACACACAAACCAACAAAACGCCUUACAACAUGUAACAUUAGAUUUUACAUGUUAUGCUAUAUUUUAAACAUCGUUCUUUACAUGGUUUGCAUUUAUAAGUGAACUUUAUUUACAAGCGGACAGAACGGCGACUUACCACAACGUAAGCUUGGGUGCUUCUGAACUU